AUGAAUUACAACAAUAAUAUAAGUAAUGGCACUUUUAGAAAAAGUGAAGAUGACAGAAAUAAUUAUGUAAGGAGCAAUAAUUACGAAAGUAAUACGAACGAAGAUCAAGGAUUUAGUAAGAAAGAAUGCAUAGAUAUAGAAGAAAGUUCAAACACACAGGGAUAUAACCAUAUAAGAAAUAAAAGAGAAGUAGAUAAUAAUAUGAUGGCAAAUGUAUAUGAUGGAAAUAUGGAGAAUGAAUGCUACGGAAUGAACGAUAAUAAUAAUCAUAAUAAUCGAAACAGAGUUAAUGAUGGAAGGAAUAGAAGUGGUAAUAACAGUGGCAAUGGAAAUCAGGAAAAUUAUAAAAAGAAAUUUGGAAAUAAAAAUUUUAAUAAUGAAAAUGUAAACCAAAAAAAUAAAGUUGGUAUGCAGAAUCAGCAGAGGAAACCUGGAGGCCUUAACCAUUUUAUGGGGAAUAACUUAGAAAAAAAUAAAAUGAGGAUUGGAUCUAUUCCUCAUAAUACAAUACCAGGAAACAAUAAUAAUGAUAUGAAUAAUGAAGAAGAUACAUACAAAAAUAAUGAUAAUAAUAAUUCUGGUGCUAAUAAUAGUGGAAAUAAUAACUUCAAAGGUGAUAAACUAAAGUAUAAACCACCUAUGCUAAGAAAUCAAGGAGGAAUGAAUAGAAAUAAUUUUAACAGGAUGAAUUACAACAAGAAUUCAGGAAAUAACGGCGAAGGAGGUGGAAGAGGUCAUUUCGGAUUUAACAACAGGCAUUACAAUAUCCCCAAAACUGCUUGGGCUAAUAGAGAUAAUAGAAGAUAUUAUCCAGAAAAAGAAGAAGAGAUAUAUUCAAAUGUGAAAAUUGAAAAAGGUGUUAAUUUUGAAUUAUAUGAUACUAUACCAGUCGAAAUAAAGGGAUAUAAUAGUGAUAAUAUAAUACCAAUCGAAUCAUUUACAGAUUCUUAUUUAAAUUUGAAUGAGUUGCUAUUAUCUAAUAUUAAAAAAGUACACUAUGACAAAACAACACCUAUUCAAAAGUAUAGUUUAAGCAUAAUUAUGAAUAAACAUGAUUUAAUAGGUGUUGCUCAAACAGGUAGUGGUAAAACUGCUGGAUAUUUAUUACCCAUCAUUAAUCAUAUGUUAUUAAAUGAUCCUCCUAAGCAUACAUUUUACGAAGAUAAUAAUAAGAAUUCUAAUUACUAUUAUAAUAGAGUGUGUUUACCCAUAUGUUUAAUAUUAGCACCUACUAGAGAAUUGGCUGUACAAAUAUUUUAUGAUUCUAAAAAAUUUUGUUUUGAAACAGGAAUAAAAUCAGUUGUAUUAUAUGGUGGUAGUAAUAUUAAAACACAACUAGUUAAUUUAGAUAAAGGAGCUGAUAUUAUAGUUGCAACACCAGGUCGAUUAAAUGACAUUUUAGAAAAAGGGAAAAUACGAUUAUUCCUUACAUCAUUUUUAGUAUUAGAUGAAGCUGACAGAAUGCUAGAUAUGGGUUUUUCUCCACAAAUUAAAAGUAUAGUCAAUGAUUAUGAUAUGCCAGGAAAUGAUAAUGAUUCAUAUAUGGGUGAAAAUAAAAUGGAAUACAAAAAAUAUACUAAUGAGAUAGUAAAAAGGCAGACAAUUAUGUUUAGUGCAACAUUCAGAAAAGAAAUUCAAGUGUUAGCUAAAGAUUAUCUAUGCAAUUACACAUUUUUACUAGUAGGAAAAGUGGGAAGUACCAAUGAAUAUAUUAAGCAAAAUCUUGUAUAUAGUGAAGAAGAAAACAAAUGUAGUUUUCUACUUAAAUUGUUGUCAGAAAAUAGUAAUGGUUUAACAAUUAUCUUCGUCGAAACGAAAAGAAAGGCUGAUAUUAUUGAAAGAUUUUUAAAUAACCAAAAAUUAAAUUCCGUUUGUAUACACGGAGAUAAAAGCCAAGAUGAAAGAGAAAGGGCUUUGGAGUUAUUCAAAAGAGGGGUUAAAAAUAUAUUAGUAGCAACAGAUGUAGCUGCUCGAGGUCUCGAUAUAUCUAAUAUUAAACAUGUAAUAAAUUUUGACCUCCCAAGCAAUAUAGAUGACUAUAUUCAUAGAAUUGGUAGAACUGGUAGAGCUGGAAAUAUAGGUAUAGCAACGUCAUUUGUAAAUGAUGACAACAAAAACAUUUUUAAGGAUUUGUUAGCCACCUUAGAAGAAUGCAAUCAAGAGAUACCACGUUGGUUUUUAAAUUUAGUAAUGAGAUAUACAGCUAGCGCAAAGUCAAAUAGAAAUUAUAAUAAAUUUAGAUCUAUGAGAGGAGGAAAGGGAAAUUUCGGCCGAUACAACAAUAACAAUAAUGGAGGUGAUUUCAACAGUGGAAGAUACAACAAUAGUGGCUAUAAUAAUUUUAAUCACAACUUUAAUCAAAACCAGAAUUUUAAUUAUAAUAAUGCUAACAUGAACAAUGAAAAUAACAGCCCAUUCAAUAAUAACAAUUCUUAUAAUCAAUAUUCAGCAUUUAAUACUAAUAAUUCAUAUAAUAAUAAAAAUCAUGCGAAUGGAAAUAAUGAUGUUGAUUUUUCAAAUAAUCGCAUAUACCCAAAUAAUAACAAUCAUAACAAUGCAUUUAAUAACUAUUCUGGUAAUGUAAACCCAUUUAACAACCAAAAAUUCAACAAUUACAACAAAAGAUUUGAUGAUCAAAAAUUUCAAAGAGGUAAUUUUCCAAUUGCCGACGACAAUAAUAACAAUGACGGAUGGUGA